CAGAUCUGCGUGUGACAGCGGAAGCUGUGAUCAGAUGUAACAGUGCAGAGGUUGCUGCUGCAGGGGAGGAGACAGCGUGAUUCCUAUGAUGUGUGUGCUAAAGAUCGUGUGAUUGUACAGCAGGGAGCACACAUUGGAACACUGGAUUAUUACUACCUCAUCCUGCUCAAGAGCUUCUAAGCAUUCAACAUGUCUUUUCUAUUCAACUGGAUAUACAGUGGUUUCAGCAGUGUGCUUCAGUUUCUCGGUCUAUACAAGAAAAAUGGAAAAUUAGUAUUUUUAGGGUUGGAUAACGCUGGCAAAACCACUUUACUACAGAUGCUUAAAGAUGGACGAAUGGGCCAGUAUGUUCCUACACUUCAUCCAACAUCAGAAGAAUUAACAAUUGCUGGAAUGACAUUCACCACAUUUGACCUAGGUGGACAUGCUCAAGCACGAAGAGUGUGGAAAAACUACCUCCCUGCGAUAAAUGGCAUUGUUUUCCUCAUCGACUGUGCUGAUCAGGAACGGCUGGCUGAAUCUAAGGUCGAACUUGAUGAAUUGCUAGCUGAUGAAACAAUCAGGAGUGUGCCGAUACUGGUUCUUGGCAACAAGAUUGACAGACCAGAGGCCAUCAGUGAGGAGAUAUUAUUGCAUACAUGUGGAAUUUAUGGUCACACAACAGGAAAGGGAAAAGUGCCUUUAAAGCAGUUAAAUACAAGACCCAUUGAAGUGUUCAUGUGCAGCAUACUGAAGAGACAAGGUUACGGGGAAGGAUUCCGCUGGCUAUCACAAUAUAUCGACUGAUGACUGACAAGUUCUGUACAUUGUAUUCUCUAUUUUAUUUAAUUUCUUUUUGUCAGAUUUUGUAACUUUGUAAUUAAUUGAUGCCUGCAGUGAUAUUUCAGGCAGAUAAUCCAAUCCUUCAUACCGUGCAUUCAUUUUUAAAUUAGAGUAGUUAGAAUAAGAAUAAGACCACUAAUCAUUUGCCCUGUAAUAUAAAUCAUUAGCAGAAGUGGAACAUGUGCUCAUUAGUGUUGAGCGAAUCGAGCUAUGGAUCAUCGAUCCGAAGUCAAUUCGUUCCAACACUGUCUCUGUACAGCAUUAAAAUGUAUUGACUCCGUGGAGCCAAACUUCCUUUCAACCAAAGUCGCAUUUUCAGUGAAUGAAUUCGGUAUUCAUUUCUGCAUCUUGAAAAACAUUUAAAAUUAGGAAUCCAAAGUCGGAUUUGGUACCGAGGUUGGAUUCCUAAUUUCCUACAUU